GCCGCGCCGCCGCCGCCCUGGGUGCCCCCGCCGCCGCUAUGGGAGCCCCGCAUCAGCCGCUCCGGACGCCGCUUUGUCCGCGGGCCAUGUCGUGAUCCGUGGGCUCCGCCAGCGGGUUUUCUAAUCCGUGAUCCCGACCAAGGAGGAGGAGGAGGAGGAGGAGGAGGAGGAAGAGGAGCAGGGAGGGAGAGGUGGUGGUGGUGGGGGAGAUGUUCGCCUCGGUGGGCCCGCGGGGCGGCCCGCGCCCACCGGCCGCCCCGGCCCCGGUCUCGGCCCCGGCCAUCCCGGAGCCGGACCUGAGCCAUCUGACCGAGGAGGAGAGGAAGAUCAUCAUGGCUGUGCUAGCUCGGCAGCGGGAGGAGGAGGCGAAGGAGGAGGCCAUGUUAAAAGAGGAGAAGCCGAUCCAGGCCAGAACCGUGAACCUGGUGGGUCAGAAGAAGCCUCCGCAGCAGAACGACGUCCGAGGGAUCCAGCAGCAGCUGUCCAGCUACAGGGAGACGGUGAUCCGGCAGGCCACGGCGGCGGCGGGCUCGGCCGUCCACCGCGACGAUGCCCCCACCUGCGGCAUCUGCCACAAGACCAAGUUCGCGGACGGCUGCGGGAACCUGUGCUCGUACUGCCAGACCAAGUUCUGCGCUCGCUGCGGCGGGCGGGUGUCGCUGCGCUCCAACACGGAGGACAAAGUGGUGAUCUGGGUGUGCAAUAACUGUCGGAAGCAGCAGGAGAUCCUGACCAAGCCGGGCGACUGGUUCACCGGUCCGCCCGGGAAGACCCUCGGCUCGGCCGUCAGCGAGCCGUCUGUGUGCCAAACGCUCGGGGACAAGAAGCUCCGCUCUCGAUCCCAGGUACCUCCGGGCUCCGCCGCCGUGAUCCAAGACCCCAGCCGGCCGCCCGGGACCAUGCCUGGAACCGACGCUCGGUCGCUUAGCGAGCCGCCGCGGGACACGAGGAACGGGCGAGGAGGGGGAGGAGCCGGUCGGGGGGAGCGGCGGCCCGGCCAGCCCAGACUGCAGACCCAGGUCUCCAUGGACCGGGACCUCCGCGGGGAGUCCAGGGAACGCAGGGAGAGCCGGCGGCUGACGAAAGGACGCUCUCUGGAGCACGAUCCGGUGGGGGGCGGGGUCAGGCGGACAGAGGGCGGGUACCCACUCCGACAGGCGGGGCCGGGCCCCCCAGGGGGCAGGGGCCAGCCGCUACCCGCACAGGGGCGGGGCCAGGGGGGCGUCGAGGCCGGGGACGGCACUCGACCCGGGCAGAGGACGGCGGGCGGGGUAGAACUUUCGCAGCAGGCCCCUCCCCCUGAACUCAGAGAGCCCCCCGGCUCGGGCUCCGGUCAGGGCCCCGGGGUGAGACGGACCAAACGGGAAAAGGCCGAAAGCAUGCUGCGCAACGACUCGCUCAGCUCCGACCAGUCGGAGUCCCUGCGGCCGCCGCCGCCGCGGCCCUACAAGUCGAAGCGGGGGCCGGGGGCCGGGGGCAAGAGGCAGACCAGCGUGAGCAGCUCGGAGGAGGAGGGCGGGACCACGCCCGAGUACAGCAGCUGCGAGGACGCCGAGAUCGAAAGUGUCAGCGAGAGAGGAGACUGGGAGUGUUACCCUCAUGACCCCACCGUGUGGCACCAUCCCGUCACCUGGCAGCCGUCCAAGGAGGGAGACCACCAGAUUGGACGGAUCACCCUGAGCAAGAGGAGCGCCACCAUGCCGAAGGAGGCCGGGGCUCUGCUGGGACUGAAGGUGGUUGGAGGCCGGGUGACGGAGUCGGGCAGAUUAGGUGCCUUCAUCACGAAAGUGAAGAAGGGCAGCCUGGCGGACGUGGUGGGACAUCUCCGAGCAGGGGACGAGGUGCUGCAGUGGAACGGGAAGCUGUUGCCGGGGGCGACCAUGAAGGAGGUGUACAACAUCAUCCUGGAGUCCCAGGCCGAGCCUCAGGUGGAGCUGGUGGUGUCCAGGCCCAUCGGGGUUUAUAGAAAAUACCAUGAUAUUCCAAGAAUCCCCGACACGUCCCACCCUCCAUUAGAAUCUACAGGUUCCAGUUCUUUUGAGUCCCAGAAGAUGGAGCGACCAUCCUUAAAUGUCCUGUCUCCCUCCAGUCCCGGGAUGCUGCAAGAUGCUCCUCAGCUGAUGCCGGGCCAAGUCUCAGUGAAGCUCUGGUACGACAAAGUGGGUCACCAGCUGAACGUCAACGUGCUGCAGGCGGUGGAGCUUCCUCUUCGGCCUGACGGACGGCCCCGGAGCCCCUACGUCAAGAUGUACUUCCUCCCCGACCGCAGUGACAAAAGCAAACGGAGGACGAAAGCCGUGAAGAAGACCUGCGAGCCCAAGUGGAACCAGACGUUCGUCUACACUCACGUCCACCGCAGGGAUUUCCGCAACCACAUGCUGGAGCUGACGGUGUGGGACCAGCCCAGGUCCCCGGAGGAGGACAGCGUCUUCAUGGGGGAGAUCCUGAUCGAGCUGGAGACGGCCCUGCUGGACGACAAGCCCCACUGGUACCCGCUCCAGACCCACGACGUCUCGUCCAUCCCUCUACCCCGACCCUCGCCCUUCCUGCCGCGGCGACACGCGCACGCCGACGCCCCCGGCAAGAAGCUGCAGCGUUCUCAGCGUCUAACAGAGCCUGAAUUUGAUGAGGGUACAGCAGUAGUAUCUAAAGCAGCAGAGGCUCGUGGCAGGGAGAGGCAGCGGGAGUCCUCGUCCACCCUGGAGGUGCCUGAGCAGCAGAGGACUCCCAGCCAUUACAUCCGCUCUCGCUCCGUCUCCCCGCACCGCGAGGAGCAGGGCCGCACCCGCUCCAGACCCCCCAACGUCCCCACCCAGAGGAGUCUGGAUGACGAGCUUCCUCACAGCCGUCGUUCUCGCUCUCCAACACGUUACUAUGAAUCUGGCAGAGGCCGCCAUCAAGGAGAGGAGUACCUGGACGACAGUGAGGUCAUCAUGAUCCACCAAUCAAUGCGAGGCAAAAGUGCUGAGUGCCUGCACAUCAGGAGAUCCUCUAGGCUCAGUAAGGAACUGCCUCCUAGGAUGCCACUUUUAUUCAACGGUUCUCACAAACAGGCAAACAGUGAUCUGCAGCCUUCUCUGGACAGGGUUAGGAGCGCUAGCGCCAACUGUCUGACUCCAGACAAUCAUGCCCCCUCACCAGAGACUGAAAGAAAGCCUUUCUACCAUUCCCUGCCCCGAAGACGCCCGGCAAGCCCCAGGAUUCUUAUCCAACAUGCUUCCCCUGAAGAUGACAGGGGCCACCUCCAAAGUGGAGCGUCUCUUUCGUCCUCGGUGACGUCCUCGUCAGCCCGCAGAGUGAGGCAGCUCCCACAGCUUCCCCCCAAGAGCAACUCCGCAGAACAAGCCCUGGUAGCAGAGGAGCGAGUCCGGCAGCUCCAGAUGAGGGUUCAUUCCAACCGCGCGUCAGCCGCCACCUCCAGCCAGCAGGACCUGGACCGAGCCCUCAAGAACAAACGAGAGCUCUACAAGGACCAGAGGCGGAGCAGCGAAAAUGUUUCCCAUAAGUCCUCGGACAGUGAUGUCAGUGACGUGUCAGCCAUCUCUCGAACCAGCAGUGCCUCUCGCAUCAGUAGCACCAGCUACAUGUCCAUCCAGUCAGAGAGACCCCGGGGACGCUUCAGCCGAGCCAUGCGUGCGUCGGGCCGCCACAUCAUGAAGAGCACCAGCGUGAGCGGCGAGAUCUACGGCAUGGAGCACGCCGACGGCAGCCAAUCGGACACGGCGCUCGGUAGCCUGGGCAGCGGGAUCAAGAAGCGGCGCUCCAGCCUGAGCCAACGCGUGGUCGCCAUCCUGCCGUCCAGACGGAGCCGCAGCACCUCGCAGCUCAGCCAGACAGAGGCGGCGGGUAAGGCGGCGGACAGACAGAAAGGUAAAGCAAAAGAAGCAUCGGCAGGUAAGAAGGCGUCGAAGGGUGGCAGCAGCAGCAUCCAGAGGAGCGUGGAGACGGGCAUGGCAGUGGAGUAUCCACGUGGGGGGUCGGCCAUGAACCGGCAGGCCAGCAGAGAGUCCACCGACGGCAGCAUGAACAGCUACAGCUCUGAGGGGAAUUUGAUCUUCUCAGGGAUGCGGCUGGGUGCCGACAGUCAGUUCAGUGACUUCCUGGACGGGCUUGGUCCCGGGCAGCUGGUUGGCCGGCAAACGCUGGCAACGCCUGCCAUGGGUGACGUUCAGAUCGGUCUGAUGGAUAAGAAAGGCCAGCUGGAGGUGGAGGUGAUCAGGGCACGAGGCCUUACCCCCAAACCAGGCUCCAAAUCCCUCCCAGCUCCCUACGUCAAGGUGUACCUGCUGGAUAACGGAACAUGUAAAGCCAAAAAGAAAACCAAGAUUGCACGCAAGACCCUGGAGCCGCUCUACCAGCAGCACCUGCUCUUCGAUGAGAGUCCCCAGGGCAAGGUGCUUCAGGUGAUAGUGUGGGGCGAUUAUGGGCGACUGGACCAUAAAUGUUUCAUGGGUGUAGCACAGAUCCUAUUGGAGGAGCUGGACCUCUCCAGCACGGUGAUCGGCUGGUACAAACUGUUUCCGCCUUCCUCACUGGUGGACCCUACGUUAGCUCCGCUCACGCGGUUGGCGUCUCAGACGUCACUGGACAGCUCAGGACCGCCGCCGGGCGUUCGGUCCUAGUGACCGGACGGCAGCCGCCGACUCCCCCCGCCACCCCGAGGACCCCUCAAUGGACCACAGCUACUGGACCACAACUGAGCAGAGGGUGAGAGCAACGCCCCGAGGACGACGCCCAGGAGCCCUCGGCCAGCCAAUGACAAGCCAGACGGAGAGACAGGGAACGAGAGCGAGCGAACGAGAGAGAGGGAGAGACAGAACUAGCCAAUCAGAGCUUAGCUGGAGUCCGACAAUCACGUCUCACACCUUCCCCUCUUCCUCCUCCUGACGCCGUUUUCUUUUCACCGCUUUGCUUUCUUUGUGUUCUCCUCUGAGCUGCAGCAGGUCUCCGACGUCCGUCA